UCUGUUAUCUUCCGUUCCCCGCCGUCUGAGCAGCGGAUCUCCUCCGGACCUCCACCAGGAUUUAUCCAUUUCCUAGUAAAACUUCACUAAAAGCCGCAGCGCUCCUCCCAUGGUGUCCCCGGGAGACUCCCCGGCAUCCACUCGACUUUUCGGAAACUAUCGGCGGCCGUUUUGGGGUCUUGGAAAUCAUGGAAACGUGGUUUUUGAAUCACGUCCUCGGUUUGUCUCUGUCAGUCCUCCUGCUGGGUCUACCGGGGCCCCUCGGGGCAGGGACCCCCAGUAACAACAGCACGGAUCCGGCAACGGAGGGAUUUUAUUAUUCGGCGGCCACAGACGAAGUCAGCACCAGGGAAAACAAUGCAACUUCAACUUCAUACUCCAGCGAGAGUUUAUCACCAUCACAGAGGAGCCUCCUGCUCACACGCACUGCCGAGACGCACGCUGCCACUGCUGCAGACCUCGACACCGAGCAGACACAAACCUCCGCAGAAACAAGCAGCAGGACUCCAGAGGCCAUAAGUCUGUCUACUGAGCCACUCGCCUCCACCCUUGUAACCCCCACUGAUGGCAGCAGCAGCAGCACCAGCAGCAGCAGCAGUAGCAGCAGUAGCAGCAGCACCAGCAGCACCAGCAGGACCAGCAGCAGCAGCACCAGCAGCAGCAGCAGCAGCAGCAGCAGCAGCAGCAGCAGCAGUAGCAGCAGCAGUAGCAGCAGGGACUGGAAAGAUUUUACUAACACAGACCAGAUGCCAGGCAUCUCUCGUGCUGUGUCCUGGGAGGCCAGGUCCUGGAUGUUUACAGAUGAUGCCAGCAUGCCGCAGGACAGCGCAGACACCACCCUCAGACUUGGUGAUGCUACAGCUUUAGUGUCGCAGACAGCCGUCCUCACUGACAGCACCUACACCACCACCAUCAGCCGAGCUGGAGAGAGGACCCUACUGUCUGUCACCUCCUCCUCCAGCAACAGCAGCACGUCUGCCUUUACUGAAGACUCAAACUCCCAUCAGCCUCCCUCCACGUGGGUUAUUCCUCCCAGGCAUGCACAGACUGAGGUCUAUACCCAUAGUGCCCCGUCCACAAGAACAGAUGGAAGGGAAACUACAGACGAGCACAGGACCGACUCCUUCAGUGGGGUCUAUUCAGAGACUGGGAGCCCUGCAGGUUCCAGAGGAACCCAGAGUUUAACUUCACACCCCAGUUCCAGCCAGCAUGGACAGACGUCAGCAUCAGAGCAGACCUCUGACUCGACACCUCCUCUCAGGGUGACAGAGCCCAGCACUGACCGGUCUGAAGUUUCGGUUUCCUCCACGCCUCCUUUCACCUCACCUGCAGGAGGUCCUACCAACGUCUCAGGGACAGACCAGGGGUCCGACUCCAGUGUUGGAACUUCCACAGAGUCUUCUACUGGAGCCCAAAGCUCCAGCGCUCAGAACCAGGAGGGCACCGAGGGGUUUUCAACCCAGACCAGAGAUGGGAGUGUGGGCUUGGGUCUGACUGCAGUGCCCUCUACUGUCAGUAGUAGUACAUCUGAAAUGGACGACCCUCUGACACAGAGGCCAGUGCUGGUUACUGAGGUCUUCCUCACCACCACACCUGUCACUGUUACAGAAAGAUCACAGACAACAGAGGAAGACACUUUCAAAGCCUCUGCCUUCACCACCACCACCACCACUACUAUCACCACCACCACCACCAUGGCCACCAUCACCUCUGCUCUGCCUGCAACCUCAUCGUCAUGGCUGAGUAGCUCGUCUAGCAGCUCUACUCCACAGUCUCCUACUGAGGCCACCAUCCCGUACACUGCUCCUUCCACCACGGCCGCCACCCUGGUCCUGCACACCUCUGAACCUCACCCAACUCACCAUGUCUCACCCAGCCAAACCCAGGGGCCUUCGACUGCACCUACACCUGCCAAAGUCACCACCCUGCGCACUGAAACAAGCACAGGAACUCAGAGAACCACAACAUCUCACAGCCAGUACGUCACCACCAGCUACACCCACACUAACCCAACCAAGAGUACAGAGGCUCUGCAGACAACUAGGAAACAGACAGACGGAGAAACCACAGUGCUGGUAGUGACAACAUCCCCCACUGAUGUCCAACCCACUAACGUACCACCACCACCAAGAAACCCCUGUGUGACAAACCCUUGUAUGAAUGGAGGGAUGUGUGUCAGCUAUAAAAGGCAUCAGUUCACCUGUCAGUGUCAGCAGGCGUGGACAGGAACGACCUGCAACCAGGAUGUGGAUGAGUGUGAGCAGGACCCUUGCCCCGCUGGCUCCAAAUGUGUGAACACACGAGGCUCCUUCAGCUGUGAAUGUCCGCUCGGCUUUGACCUUGAAGAUGGACGCACAUGCACCAGAGCGAAGACAUUUCUGGGAACUUUCAGCGUUAACAGACUGCCACAUGACCCUGCCAUCCUCAAGAGCACAACCAUGCAUGAGAUCCAGAGAGAGAUCCUUCAGCUGCUCAACAUGUCAUUGUCAGUCCUUCGAGGUUACAGUCGCUCAACGCUGAGUAAGAAAGAGGAGGACGGGGUUCGUAUCUUGGCUGUCAACAUGUUUUCCAUCUCCACCGACGUGACGACUGCUGAGGUCUACAACAGCAUCCAGAUGUCUCUCAGCAACUGCAGCUCCUCGUUGGCCCACUGCCGGAUGGUCCUGCACCACCAGCUCACGUACCAUGUGGAGAGUCUCUGUGUGGCUCAGAAGACUCAGUGUGUUACUGAACGCUCCACCUGCACAGACAGCAGUGGCACAGCCUACUGCCAGUGUCUUCCUGGAUACUACAAACACAAUCCUGAUGAUUUGUCCUGCUUAGAAUGUGGAGACGGCUACAAGCUGGAAAAUGGCACCUGUGUCCCGUGCAUGUUUGGGUUUGGAGGAUUCAAUUGUGGAAACUUUUACAAACUGAUUGCAGUCGUGGUGUCACCUGCGGGGGGCGCCCUGCUCCUCAUUCUGGUCAUCGCUCUCAUCGUCACCUGCUGCAAGAAAGACAAAAAUGACAUCAAUAAGAUUAUCUUCAGGAGCGCCGACCUGCAGAUGUCCCCGUAUGCAGACUUCCCUAAAAAUAACCGGAUAUCCAUGGAGUGGGGCAGGGAGACCAUAGAAAUGCAAGAGAACGGCAGCACGAAAAACCUGCUACAGAUGACGGACAUUUACUACUCUCCUGCUUUGCGUAACUCCGACCUAGAGAGAAAUGGCCUGUACCCGUUCACAGGUCUGCCGGGAUCUCGCCACUCGUGCAUCUACCCAGCCCAGUGGAACCCCUCUUUCAUCAGUGACGAUUCACGGAGAAGAGACUAUUUCUGAGUGUCCCACGUUGAACACGCACACACACACACAUAGACACCCCCUAAAAACUUUGCAACUUUUUUACUCACAAUUGAUUUGUCAUGAGGAUUUUCUGUCACAGUGACAAUGCUAAUAGACAUUAUGCAAUAGCGGCACUGUUUCUGAAAACCCAUUUGACUACCUGCGUUCAGGGCUGCAAACUAUAUAUGUAAAUGUGUGUGUAUGUGUGUGUGCAUAUAGGGGAAGUACACAUUUUUGCAAGUAAAAUGUGUUCUUUUGUAACCAUUUUGUUGUUUUUGCAUGUUUUACCUCAUUUCCUUCAAGUCAUAUACACUUGACGUCGCUUUCCGUGCAGCCACUGAUUCUCAUUUGUUUCAGUGUCAGUGAUCCACAGCAGUAAGCAUCAUUUCUGCCUCUCUUGCUGCCAGGUAAAUGCACUGCAGAGGAAAAUAAUCUGCACUACAUUCAUGCACAAUGAGUAAAAGCGUGUAUGAUGUUCCCAUCAUGCUCACUGAGAAUGUGGGGAAACAUCUCACAACGAAGAAAUGUGACAUGUUGCAAAUCGACUAGAACAUGCAAAAACACUGAUACUGUAGUUCCUUGAGUGCUGAAAUAUGAAUAUGUGUGUGCCACUGCUGUGAUUUGAAAAUAAUCUUAGAGAAUGAAGUCUUGAUGGAACAUGAUGAUAACAAACCAGUGAAGGAUGCCCAAAUUUGGUUCGGUGCCCAUAGAAACUGAGGAAUGACUUUUUAAAUCAAAUGCCAGUGUUUAUUUAUUCCAUGUAUGGCCAAGUUGUUGACAUGUAGCAUAAUGGACAUCUCAUAGUUACACACUGACAGACUUUAGAGGGAUGAACCUGUGGCUUCAAGUGCAUGUGUGUCUACAUUUGUGUGUGUGAGAGAGAGGGAGAGCAAGUUUGUGUGUGUGUGUUUCUUAUAUGUUGCCAUUUGUGAUGUGUGUGUGAGGAAUAAUUAUCUGUAUACCAGAAGGAUCAUAACUGUUUGAAUGUAAAGAUGUAUCAUAAUUAACUACUUCUGUCAUGGAUUCUUAUUUUUAUGAGUGUUUUCUCUCUUUGUGUUUAUGUGGUCUGUUCAUUCUGGCGUUUUAGUCAGAUGCGCUUAUUUAAAUUAAAAAAAAAUUGCACAGCA